AUGGCGUCAGCAACAAACCAACUACCGAAGGAAAGAAUUCACUGCCUCACGCCUUACAUGAAGGUGGAUAACGAAGCAGGUGGAUGUUCAAGAAUGUGCCUCACCCCAUUUGCCGAAAGGGUCAGGGAAAGACAGCAAUUAGGACACCUGGGAUGCACACAUGUAAGGAAGGCCCAGGACGUGCAGGUCACCGUGCAGCAGGGUACGCUGCUGGGGACCGUCGUCCAGAGCGUCUACAACACGACCUACACCGUCUUCCGUGGGAUACCCUAUGCCGAGCCGCCAGUCGGGGAGCUGCGCUUCGCGGUGAAAAGACUCCUGACGCAUUCGCAGGAUCCCCAGCCAGCCGGUGUCUGGGAAGGGGUACGCGACGCCACGGAGUACGGCAGCGACUGCAUACAGCCCGACGGCAGCGGCUCCGAGGGCUGCCUCUACCUGAACGUGUACGUGCCGGGCGUCCCAGAGCAGGGCGCCAACCUGCCCGUGCUCUUCUGGGUGCACGGCGGGGGCUUCUACUACAACAGCGGCUCCGACACGGAACACGGGCCCGACUUCCUCAUCUCCUACGGCGUCAUCCUCGUCACCAUCAACUACCGGUUUGCUCAGCUUGACGCGUUGUUUGUUGCGGGCUUUCUCACUACUGGCGACGCCGUCGUUCCCGGCAAUGCGGGUCUCAAGGAUCAGCACCUGGCGCUCACCUGGGCGAAGAAGAACAUCGCCAGCUUCGGUGGCGAUGACCUCAUCACUCUGUGGGGCCAGAGCGCCGGCGGUGUGUCUGUGUCUUUCCACCUCGUCUCCCCACUGUCCACAGAUCUCUUCUCAAGAAUUAUCAUCCAGAGUGGGAACUUCAACGAACUGCCAGGUUCUCUGGAGCUGGCCCGUCAGAACGCCUUCAGCCUUGGCGCAGUACUCGGUUUGGAGACAAAUGAUUCGCAAGAGCUGGUGGACUAGCGCUCUGUCAACGCUACAGAUCUACUGGUGGACAGCUCGCUUGUUAUGUCAGAUGAGGAGAAGCAGCUGUUUUCGUACAACGUGUGGUGGCCUCACAUCGAGCCAGACCUGGAGGGCGCACUGAUUUCAGAGUCUCCAAUACAGAGGCUCAUUGACGGUCGGUUCCUCCAAGUUCCGAUCUUCACUGGAGUGACAUCUGGCGAGAUAGGUUCAGGAAUAUUAGCCAGUCCAGACAAAAUCAGCACACUGAAUAAUCGCUUUCUUGAAUCUGUGGGACCAACUCUGCAUUUGCUAACUGUGGAACAACAACAGGAGGCAGCUGCAAAGCUAAGGGAGUUCUACUUCGGAGAUGGGGUCAUCUCUACAGAUAAUCCGGAGCCCCUUGUUAAUUUCAACAACGACAAGGUUAUGUUUGCGACAACAGACGCUCUCGUUAGGAAAGUCACUGAAAUCACUGAUCUUCCGGUUUUCUACUACGAGUUUGACUACCACGUAGACAGCGUUAACUCUUCAGAAUGGGGUGCCCCGCACUCUAGUGAUUUGCCUUUCCUUUUCUUAAGAAAGGAUACGGUGUAUAAUUUGGAUCCCAACUCUGACGAAGACAAAGUGCGCAGAAAUUUACAACGAUGCUACACUAACUUCGUCAAGUAUGGAAACCCUACUCCAGAACCUGAUCCCGUGGUCUGGGAACCCUACAACAACUCGACUCGCAGAUAUAUGCUCAUGCAGGCCACCUUCACACUUUCGCAUGACAAGGAUGCGGAACGCAUGGACUUCUGGGAAGAAAAUGUACCGCUGCUACCUUACGCGAAUAUCUACUCUAAGCGAAACCUUUAA